GCUUGCCCAUCAACACGAGUAAAAGGAGCACCAGGAGCGCCAGGGAGAGAUGGACGGAGAGGAAAACAAGGAGGAAGAGGACCGCCGGGUCCUGAAGGACCAGCAGGAGACAAAGGUGAUCCUGGGGAAUCAGGACCUCGAGGUGUGCCGGGACAGCAAGGAGGAUUUGGAGAACCGGGAGACGGGGGUGAUGCGGGACUCCGGGGUCCAAGAGGAAUGGAUAUGGCGGGAGGAUAA